AUGGCGGGCUUUGCCGGCAGGCUUGCAGACACGCUUCCACUAAAGGAGCACUGGUGCCAGCAGACACCCAGGGAAGCUGCACAGGUCGCCCGCAGUCUUGCGCAACACCGGAAGCUGCAAGAAGCACUGGAUUUGCUCGGUUCACUGCGAAGCGUGCAUGUCCCAGCAGUUGAUGCCAUCACUUUCAACAUCGCCAUCAACUCCUGCUCCAAGGUCAAGCAUUGGGUCCUCGCCGAGAAGUUCUAUUCCGUAAUGCGUGCAAGCUCCGUGCGUCCCACGGCGGUGACCUUGAACAGUGUGGUCAAUGCCCACGAGCGGUCCGGCAAUUGGCAAGCUGCAUUGGGUCGCCUAAUGAGCUUCCAGACUUUGGGCGUGAGCGCAGACGCUAUCAGCUUCAACACUGCGAUCACAGCGUGUGCUCGGGCGAAGCAAUGGAGCUUUGCUUUGAGUAUACUUCGUAUCAAUGAGGACCUCAUGGAAGACAGCAUUGGUUACAACGCUGCUGCGAGUGCAUUUGAGAAGGUGCAGCUCUGGCGCAACGUCCUCGACCUGCUUCAGUCAAUGCAUGUGGUCCGUGCUGAAGCUGACCAUUUUACCUUCAGUACGACUUUGUCUUCGCUUUCGGGAGCUGAGCUUUGGCAGACGGUUUUCGCUUGUUGGCAGGACAUGCAGGUCCUCACUGACAACUUUGUCCUGAGUGCCAUUGUCAAAGCAUGCGAAGCAAGUACCCAGUGGCGUUUGGCGAUGCAUUAUCUGUCUGAUCUGGAGGACAGGCAACUUCAGCCCGACGUCGCGCUUCUCAACAGCGCCAUCAGCGCAGCUGCGAAAGCAGGUGAGUGGGAACAGGCAUUCUCCCUGAUCAGCUCUCUCCGGCAUGCUUCUUUGGAGCCAGAUGUCAUCACCUGGGGCGCUGCAGCCACCGCUUGUGAAAGAGCUGCGCAAUGGAGAACAGCCAUUGCACUGCUCAAGAGCAUGAGGCAUUGUCGAGCGCAGCCGAAUGCGUGUGUUUGCAACGCGGUGCUGAGCUCUUGUGAAAAGAGCGGCCAGUGGGAGCAAGCUCUUCUGAUGCUAGAUGUCAUGAAUGCUUCGGAAAUCUUGCCCGAUGAGAUUGCAUACAACGCGACCAUCAGUGCCUGCAGCCGCACACACUGGCAAAUGUCUUUGCACUUGCUCCAUGUUAUGAACAGCCGAUCUGUCAGAUGUGACACGAUAUCAUACAAUGCUUGCAUCACUGCAUGUGAGCGUGGCGGUCGCUGGCAAGAAGCACUUGCUUGUUUGCACGCCAUGUCAGCACGGAGUAUUUUGAUCAACACUGUGAGCUACAAUGCAGCGAUUGCAGCGAGUGGAAGACAGCUUCGCUGGAAAGAAGCUUUGCAUCUUCUUUGGAGCAUGGAGUUAUUUCGACUCUGUCCAGAUGUGGUAACCUACAAUGCAGCACUUGCCGCUCUUGGAGAUUCGCGAAGUUGGAAAACCCUUUGCGCACUGUUCCACGACAUGCGCCAACAUGUCAUCCAACCAGACCUCGUGACAUUCAACACUUCUCUGAGUGUUUGCUUUCACUGGCAAACAACACUCUUGCUUUGGCACUUGAUGGUUCAAGAUCGAGUUUGGCCAGAUCUUUUGACAUACAACUCCUUAUUGACUUCACUCCGACACCAUCAGAGCUGGCAGACUGCGCUGUCUCUUCUUGGAGAGAUGAAGCUAGCCGUUUGCAAGCCGACGACAAUUACCUUUGAAGCACUCGUCUCUUGUGGAAUUCACAGACAGCACCUUCCGAAGUACUUGGAGGCUGCCCAAAGGCAGAUCAUUUGUGAACUGCAUGUUAUGGCUAAGCUUUGA